UAUAAAUUGAGGCUAAAUUCAAGAUGGCGGAAAAUUUGGGAGAAGAAAACAUAAGUGAAAAUGCUUUGCCAAAAGAAACGUUUUCAUUCGGCCAAAUUAAAACUAGUGCAUUAGAGGAAGACGAAGACGAAGAUGAGGUCUGUGAAUUCUCUUUACAUCCUACAUGUUUUUCAGUACGCCAAUUCAACAGCACAAUUAAAAGUGUUUAAUAGUGUUAUAAAAAUAAUUAAAAAUUAAAUAUUCCAACUUGCAAGAAUAUGUAUUGAUGUAUAUACAUGUAUUAUGUAUGUUCUUACUCUUGACUUGGUGUCAACUGCCAAGUAGAUAAUGUCAUUUUAAUCUUGUUAUUUUUGUAGUGUUUGUAUUAAAUGACUAUAUCAGAGUACAAAAAUAUUAGUCAAUGCACACACUGUAAAAAUCACGCUAUCAAAUACCUGGUCCAUGCAAUUUUAAUAUGCAAAUAUGCAAUUAAUAAAAAUCAUUAAUGGAAUAGUAUAUUGAUUGUUACAGACAUUCCAACCACUGGAGGUAAAAUUUAGGGAGACUGUUCAGUGAAUCAGAAAUCUAGUUCUUCUGGGAAAAAAGAAUAAAAAUUAAGUCUUCUGAAAUGGCGUUUCCUGCAUUUUGGGACUAUGUUGUUAUAAGUGAUCCUAUAGAUUGCCAUAAAGCAACUUCAAAAAAGGUCAAGACAGACUAUUAUGUUGCUAUAAACAGUAUAUUUAUAUAACUUUUUAUGAUAUUUCCUGAAUAUUCUGAAAAAUCGGGAGAAUUUGAUAAAAACCGGGAGAUUGCAUGAAUUUUCCGGAGACUCCCGGUAAAAUCGGGAGAGUUGGAAUGUCUGUGUUAUUGAUAAUCAACAUUAAUCAAUAAGGUCAAAGAAAUUUCUAUCUCAAUAUUUCAAUAUCAAUACACCCUUUCGAUAAUUACAUCACAACUACACUGUUUUCAACUUAGGACCACCAUAAAUGGAAAGGAUUUCAAGUUUUUUUCUCAUGGGCUAUGCACAGAGAAGCAGAACAUCCUUCUUCAACACACGCACGAAAAAAAUUUGGAUUUUGAUCAAUAAAUAUAGAAAUAAGCAUUAACACUUCCCCUCUGCCAAUACAUAAGAUUUACAAUGGUGGUCAUGAUGACAGAUUUUUUUGUUAAGUGUAUGAUAUUUUUAAACCUCAGGAAUUAGAUCUAAAUUUGGGAGAGCUAGAUCUGACUUCUCAAGAUGAAUUUAUCUUGGAUGAAGUGAAUGGUUAGUGUCUAUAAAGUAAAAUAAAUCAAUCUGUACAUGGUUAGAAUUUCCAUAGGCGUUGAAAGAUCGAUAAGUGAGGGGGACCAUAUUCAUAUAUUUGUGUUCUGCAUUAUUAAUUUCUUUUGAAAUUGAUUGUUUUUAAGGUCUGUGAACACGAAUAUAUGAAUAUGCCCCCCCCCCCCCACACUUAUCGAUCUUUCAACGCCUAUGAGAAUUUCCAUCUACAAAUUCCCAAAAAAAAUUUGAUCGGACAUUUUGGUAUUUGGUCUGACAUUUUUUGGGUCCAGCCUUUCUACCCAUCAAGCACUAGCAGUAAGGAAUGCUCUAAGCUAUGUUUACACACUGUAAUUUAUCAGGACUGAGCCGAUUAUGAUAUUUGAAAAAUAUGUGGCUCACGUCUUCCGAUGACAUUAUUUCUCAGUAUUUGUAGAUCCAGUAGUUAGGAACACAUGUAUACUGUAAUAUCUUUGAUCCAGUCUACAGUAUUUGCUCUGUUUUGUCCAGACAAAGUGUCCAACCAAUUGAGCAUUUAGUUGGACAAACUCAGUGGCGUAACUACUGUACUGUGCGCUCGGACCGGACAAACCCUGGGGCCCUCAAUCCCAAUGGACCAAAUGGGGGCCCCCGGGCUCAGGCUGUAGAGCAAAAACAUUGGCCAGGGCCUCUGAUAUUUCACAAUGUCGUUUUCUGACCAUCAGAAUUCUGUAAAAUCUCUCCCCAAAGUCGGGCAAAUGGCAUUUCAGAGAGUCUAGAUUCAAAAAUUUUCCGGGUGAGCAUGCCCUGGACCCCUAGAAAACUUGUGCAUACGGCACUCAACUCGUGCCUUUUGCACUUCUACUGGGGGGGGGGGGCCUUCGAAAAUUUUGAACCGGGGGCCCCCUGAUAUAACGUUACGCCACUGGACAAACUGUAAUUUUGUUGGAAAAUGUCCAAUGUCCGACCAUUAUUUCAGGCUCUCCAGUGGUUACUGGUUAGAGCUUGACAACUGUCUCUCUGUAGGUCAGUUGGUUAGAGCUUGACGACUGUCUCUCUGUAGGUCAGUUGGUUAGAGCACUGCACCAGAAUCACAGGGCCGCAGGUUCGAUUCCUGUAAACCCCUUCAAUCGAGUGAGUUGCCCAAAAUCCUGAUGUGGGUGACUCCAGCUACAGACUAAAUUUUGAUCAAGGCAAGAAGAACGAAACCAUUUUAUAAAAUAACAUGUACAUAACGCGUAUUCUGAUUGGUCGAAAGCCGUGUUUGGAUCAGGCCAUCCAAACACGGAAGACUAUCGUGUUGUUGUUAUUUUAUAAAACAAUUACUUUAUGGUUUCCGUGUUUGGAUGGACUGAUCCAAACACUUGGGAAUGUUGCUCGAGUUAAGAAAAGCGGGCAAAAUCACUCGCCUUCGGCUCGUGAUUUCGCUCGCUUUUCUUAACCCUCGCAACAUUCCCGCGUGUUUGGAUCAGGCCAUCCAAACACGGAAACCAUAAAGUAAUUGUAUAACCAUAGCUGGAGAGAGCAUGUUAAAAUUAGUAAAAUUGCAAAGUUUGGUUGCGAAUUGUUGUAAAAUGAGGAAAAUAUGGCCUUGUGAAGUUCGAAAAUUUCGUAUAUAUUUGCAUUACGCGCGUCGAAAAUGACUAUUUUUGAGCCGAAAGUGGUUAUUCUUACCGCGCGUAAUACAAAUAUGUACAAAAUUUGCGAACUUCACAGGGCUAUAUUUUCUUCAUUUUACAACAUUUAGCAACCAAUCUUUGCAGUUUUACUCAUUCUAAGACGCUCUUUCUAGCUGUGGUGUUGUAUUUCGUUCUUCUUGCCUUGAUCAAAAUUUAGUCUAUAACUGGAAUUACCCAUUUACCCAUGGUUAGAAUCAGGCUUUUAUGGUGUCAUUCUUUCUGUUGCAUGUCGGAGUAUAUAUAGCCAUAUAACUUUACAUUUAGAACAUAUUCAAGCAAAUUUGGAGGAUGAAUUGGUGAAAGAAGCUUUGGAGAAAGUAAGGAAAAUACAAUCUUUUUAUUGCCUGGAAUAUUAAACUCAGCAAGUUUCUGUCAAGUCAAGUAAAUAUCCAUUAAAUAUCAAUUUUUUUCUUCAUAAUAUUAGGGUGUUGAUUUAAGACAGUAUUCAAAGCAAAUUGAAGCUGAUUUACACAAUGUUGAAAACUCUUCAAUUGGUGAUUGUAUCCUUAUCUAUAAUUGUAAUUAUUUGCAUGUUGUAACAAAGUGAGUUACUUAAAAAAGUGGCCAGAUGAUAAUCCCUUUUGCAAGGUGUCAGCUACAGUAAAAAAUUCGGCAUCAUACGCCGUUUUCCCCCAUUUCGUUUAGCCGGCAAUUUCACAAUUUAGGUCAGCCAAAAACGUAUUACUAUUAUAUAUAUAAAAGAUUGUUCAACUUCACAAUUUUGCUCAAGAAAAAUUGUGUACCAGAUAAGUGUUGCGAGGAUGUCAUAUGAUAUGUAGCCUAAAAUGUAUGCUUGUCUGUUUUUAGUACGCAAAACAAUGUCAGGUGACUUCACUUCAAAAGUUUCAAUUUAGCUCAGCUGGCGCUAGGCCACGAGACUAACCCCAAACAUGAUUUUUGGUACGUGUAAUAUUUGGGUCAUUCUGAGAAGAAAUGUAAUGUAUCUUUAUAGUGAAGAACCUCAUCUUGAUCAACUUUUUCACUGUCAAAGUUUCCGGAUAUGAUGUCAUUAGGUGAAUUUUUGGUACAAAAAACAAAGGAAAACUAAUUUGCAAUUCACCUGAUGACAUGAUAUCCGGAAACUUUGACAGUGAAAAAGUUGAUCAAGAUGGCAUUUUUUAUUAUAAAGAUAUAUUACAUUUCGUCUUCGAAUGACCCAAAUAUUACACAUACCAAAAAUCAUAUUUGGGGUUAGUCACACUUUAAGAAACACGAUAUACUAUAACUCGGGUCUGAAUGUCGCAGGCUAUUACUGAAAUUCCCAAUUUCAUUAAUGGACGUAUUCCCUAAUGAACAAAAUUUUGAUCUAGACAAAGAUUUCAUCACAGCUUGAAAGAGCAUCACAAAAUUAGUAAUAUUCCGAACUUUCGUUGCGAAAUGUUGUAAAAUGCGGAUAAUAUAGCCUUGCGAAGUUUGUCGUUUUUCAGUCAUUUUGUUUACGCACGGGAAAUUGAUACCUUUUUUCAGAAAGCGGUAUCAAUUUCCCGUGCGUAAUACUCUUUCAAGCUGUGAUGAAAUUUUUGUCUAGACUUGUCUAGAUCAAAAUUUUGUUCAUUAGGGAAUAGGUCCAUUAAAUUGCCGAUUUUUUUAAUCUUCUGGCUGACACCGUGCAAGGUUGCAUAGUGUUUUUUCUUGACUGGUUUUGACGUAGAUAUCAAGGAAAGUGAUAAUAUUGCCAGCUUGCACAAACAGAUAGCAGCAUGUGACACCAUCCUGGAGGUGUGUAUGUCUUUGGCUUUGCCAUUUGCAAGUUAUUAAGAGAAGAACCUUUUGUAUGUUACGUAACACGAGCUCAAAACUAAUUAAUAAACUUUUCCACUUGAUUAUGACUAUAUUCAAAUUUUUGCUUUAUCUGCAAAGUUAUGCUAAAAUGAAGAGAUUUUAUAUGGUACGCCAAACAGAAAAUGUUGUCUGUAGUUCAGUAUAAGUUUUGCUAAUAUAUAUAUAUUGCUGUAUAAAUAUGGCAUCAAUUUUACAAUCUCAAUGAUGGUUCAAGGUUCAAAAAAAUGGUUCAGGUUUUCCAUUCAAGAAAAACUCGCACAUAUUUGUUGCAGGCUACGUUCAGUUCUAAUGCAUAUAUACAUAUAUUUGCGUCGCAUUUGUAUUUAAUAAUAAACUUUCCCACCUAGAGAAUGGAAGAUAUGUUGACAAAUUUUCAGGUAAAAACAACAUUAAAUUGUUUCAAAUUUGUGCACAUAUAUAUUUUAACUUGCAUUUAUUUGAUAGAUCCUUAAGCCUGGCGCACACGAUGCGAUUUUAGUCGGCCGAUAAAAAUCGUUUGACAUACCGAUAUACAUCGGUAUACUCCGCACACGAUUACGAAAAAAAUACGCUCCCUGAACUGUAGCCGCCUUGUUGCCAAAUAAAUACAAGCACGUGAUCACAGCAUGAAAUCUGAUUGGUUAUACUUAAAAUUCCACCGAUAAAAAUCGUAUAAUAUCAAAACGUUUUGAUGUUGUCCGAUUAAAAUCGAGCAACAAAAAUCGGUUAAAAAUGCCACCGCACACAAAACGAUUUUGUUAGUUUUAGUCAAACGAUUUUUAUCGGCCGACUAAAAUCGCAUCGUGUGCGCCAGGCCAGGGCCGCCAGGCUUUAUUUGUUAUUCAUCAGAAUGCUAUUCAUUAAAAUUGAUCGAAAAAAUUUUUAUGACUUUGAAUUGCAGCAAGAUUUGGGCAGCAUCAGUUCUGAAAUUCAAACUCUACAAGAACAAUCCAUGUCUAUGAAUGUUAAGCUGAAAAAUAGGCAGGUAAAACAGGGGUUUCAGAAUGAUUUGAAGUAAGCGGUUGUACCAAAAAAGUAGCCGGCUGUGACUGAUAGUUAAAAACACGCAGGGGGGGGGGCGUGCCCUCGCAUGGAAAUUAAAAAAAAAUUCGCGCGCAAAUUAACAAUCAGAUAAUAUAGAAUAAGUGAGAAGAUAAUGUACAACUGUUCACUUGUUAGAUUUAGAUGUCAUUUGCAUUUAUAGUGACAUAUGUACUUUAAUGCGCUACUUGUAGUUUAAUCACGAAGGUUUUGCAGUCCGGAAAAUGAAGACGCAAUUUACAAACAAAAAUAUACAUAUUACAGUAGCGGAGUAGCAUGCAGUGCCGUAGGAAGCUCUUUUUUAUUAGGGGCUGAGAACGAGGGCCGAAGGCCCGAGGAAAUUUUUUAAUUUAGAGUCUCUGAAAUGCCAUUUCCUGGACUUUGGGGAAGUUUAGAACAGAAUUCUGAUGGUCAGAAAACAGCGUUUUAGUAGGGCAAUUGCUAGAUAGUAUACUUCAAAAUAAGGUUUCCGUUUUUAUAUCAAUUUUUAAAAUAAUAAAAAUAAGUUGAGGUUAGGGGUUAGGGUUAGGGUGAGUAUUAGGGUUAGGGUUUAGUUUUGCGUUAGGAUAGUUUUUUCUACGUUAUAAAGACGGAAACCUUAUUUUGAAGUAUACUAUCUAGCGAUCACCGUUUUAGUAUGUCGAAAUUUACAAUUUGUUUACAAUUUAGUAGUACUAAAUGGGCGAAGGCGUAUGUAAUUAACUAUAUAUUGCAUGGAGAAGUUGCAGGAAAGUAUGGGUAAUAUGGUUCUUUGCAGUUUGUCAUGGAUAAUGUAGCCGCUUAAAAUUAAUCAAUUGUCAGUAUUUUAAAGGUAUAUUAUUUAAAUGAUAAAGGUAUGCAUGCAUAUUUACCGAUUUACGAUUUGUUAAAUGUUAAUAUCCAUGUAAAUGCCAUGAUUUCGUAAAUCAGUUUAUACUGACAAUACAAUUAUAUUAUAUUUUCUCUGUUUAACAACUAAAAUUUUGUUAUACUAUUAUUGCCGUAAUUUUCCGAAUGGUCAACCCGAUUUUCCGAAUAUGUUAAUUCUACGCUAUAAUGCUACGGCCCAGAGUUUUUUACUUCAUCACUUUAUCAUAAUUAAUUCGUUGUCAAAGAAUUAGUCACUUGCCAAAAACAUUUACCAAAGUGGCUCUGAAGGUUCUCUGGCUCACUGUCAAAUUCGGAUUCCCCAAUGGCAAUGCUUAAGUCACUGUCAGAGUCAAUCAGAGUUAUCUUCCAGGAAGAUUCACUUCGACACCAACUUAGUCUUAGAAAGCAAGCUAUGUUUGGUACUAUAUAUUAUUGAUCUUCCAAAAUAAGUGAUGUUUUGCUUGAAUUCCAAUUGGAACAUAACAAACAUCGUGUUGGUUCGCUUGUACCUUUGUAUAUAAUUUUUUCCUGUGACCAGCGAAAAGUAGCCGGCGGUAAAAGUUCAAGUAGCCGGCGGAACUCCGCCGGCCGCCGGCUUAUUCUGAAACCCCUGGACUAAAACGACAUUUUAAAAAGAUUAUAUUUUACCAAUGAUUAUAAAAGUAGUCCAGAAAACAUACCUCCCCGCGAAGGAAAUUGGAAGUUAAACCCCACCCCCUACCUUGUUCGGAUGUCCUAAUACACUUACCAUUAUCAAAAACAUAAUUUUUCUCCAUUUCGCCGCCGGGCCGCAGAAAUUUUCUCCUUGGGGACAGGGUGGAUUUUUUCUGAAAUGACCCAAUGUUUCAAUUAUUGGAAUUUUUGUAUUGUACAAAUGAAGUUUUAACGUCACGAGAAUUCAGUUUCAAAAGUAACUUAGCAAUAAAAACUUGUUUAGGCAAUCCGUGGUGAACUUAGCCAGUUUGUGGACGAGAUGCUUGUUAGUGAAACUAUGAUAAGGUAAGUUGAUUAAUGCUUAAGGUUGAGUAAUACGGGCAACAAAAUUACUGCAACUUGCAACAAAAUCUUAUUUCAACGCAUGUUAAGUAGAAAUGUCGACACAUGUGCCUCGUGAUUUGUAAUUUAUGUGUAUAAACAUUUUCAAUAAACAUGCGUAGAAAUCAGAUUUUGUUGCAAGUUGUAGCAAUUUUGUUGCUCGUAUUACUCCACCUUAAGGAAUUAUUUUCAAGAGUUAUAACGUAUAUGCGGAAAGAUAAAGUUCGUUCAGUUUUCGGAGAACAACGAUAUUAAGACCCCGUUCACACGAUACCGGCGUGGCAUUCUGCCGGCAGAAAAUCAUCACGGUUUCAACUGUUCACACGAUACCGGCAGAUUAUAUUCCGCUUCGACAAUAUGCUGCACAAAUCAGUUAAAAUGGACAGAAUAAAAUAUCCAGCAACAACUUUUGCAGUUUUGUUAAUUUCAUUUUGCAUAACCGUAAUGAAAUUCUUAUGGUUAGGCGUUCACACGGCACUCUGACGGUAGAAUUUCGUUCCGUUUUCAAACUCUUACGGUUUGCAUACCGUUUUCAAACUCUUACGGUUAGCGUUACGGUUUCACAUUUUUUCAUACCGGCAUCGUGUGAACGCAACCCCUAAACGUAAGAAUUUCGUUCCGUUUUCAAACUCUGCCGGUAUCGUGUGAACGGGGUCUAAUUGACGCUUGAACCUGCUGGCUUUGAAUUCCAAAUUUCGGUCGCACAAUUAUCUAAUGUACAGUGGCGUAGCCAUGCGGGCCUUAUUUUUGAAGGGGCGAAGAGAACACCAAAGACGCGAGACCUGAUCGGGAGGGGUGGGGCUUAUAUUCGGAAUAGCCUUAGCAUUGGUUAACAUGAUGGGCUUACACACGGGGGAGGGCUUAUAUUCCGAGGUUUACAGUAUUAGCCAUUCCAAAGUUGAUGAGUGGACUGGGGACGAGUGUUAAAAAGUGCCCAAAUUAAAAAAUGAACCAAAUCACUAAAAAGACCACUUCAAAAUUAGUAAGUAUACAAAGUUUGAAGACGUUUACAUGAAUACCCUUCGAAUAAUAAGCUUUCGAAAAUUGUGAAAUUACUGAUUAAAAAGAUUGUUUUGGGGACGCGCGUCCACAAAAACAAAAAUUACAGUACAUUCAUAGUAAAUAUCAUUCAUAGUAAAUAUCGCGAUUUUCGAAACCUUACUAUUCGAAGGGUAUUCAUGUAAAUGUCUUCAAACUUUGUAUAUACUUACUAAUUUUGAGGUGGUCUUUUUAAUGAUUUGGUUCAUUUCUUAAUUCGGGCACUUUUUAACAGUCGUUCCCAGUCCUCUCAUCAACUUCGGAAUGGCUAAUUACAUGAACCCAACUCUAUGGAAAACCUGAUCGUUUUUGCUUAUUUAUACGAGGAUGUCUGACCCUGUAUUAACAAAAUACAAAUGAAAAGUUUUGAAAGGUGCCUGUGCAAAAGAUGUACCAUGGUCUUUUUGUAGAGAGAAUAUUGGCGUAUAUAUAGAGAAUAAUACAUGGGUGCGCGGAAAUACCAGAUUUAUUUCGAGUGUUGAACAUGAUAUCUCACGAGUGAGCGCAGCGAACGAGUGAGAUAUCAUGUUCAACACGAGAAAUAAAUCUGGUAUUUCCAAGCAGCCAUGUAUUUUUCUGUUUAUUAUAUAAACAAAAUUCAGUGAAAAACAAUAAAACGUCCGUGGCAAUGCGUUUUACAACAAAUGAUAUUUUCACACGUAAAAAUAUCGUAUUUUUUACGUGUGUUUAAAUACGAUUUUUCUCAGUGGCCAAAAACUCUAUAUAACACUUAUGUUUAUAUAAUAAAAACGAACAAACUGUAUAGGAAUUUUGCUAAAUUCGGUGUGGCCAGUACAACUGCAACAUAAUGUAAUUCGUAUUUUAGGCAUAUCACCGAGACGCCAGUUACAGAACAAUCUUUUAUUGAAAAUCUUCAUGAGCUCGACCAUAAGAUCAAUUUUGUCAAAGAACAAGCAUUUAACGAUUUCAAAUGUUGUAAUGAUGUCAAAGAUGUGUUAGACAAGCUGAAACUGAAGGUGAGUUAUAAUGAAAAAUGUUAAGAGGAGAAUUUGUUUUUACGACAUAAAAAGAAACUUUAAUUUACGAAUACUGAUCUUACAACGAGGGACUUGGUACAUAUGAAAUAGAAUAAUAAAUUAAAAUAGGGAUAUUCACAUGUAAAAAGACUUGGUUAUGACUGUAUUCAAUUUUUUAAUUUUCCAUACGUUUUUCAAGCGGCAAAAAACGUAAAGGGUAUGUUUAGUUCUUUAUCUGUAAAAUAAUGCUAAAAUGAAGAGAUUUUAGAUGGUACGCCAAAGAGAAAAUGAUGUCUGAAGUUCAGUAAGUUUUGCUUAUAUUGCUGUAUAUUAAAUACGGCGUCAAUUCUACAGCAUCAGUGAUAAUUGUAUUUAAAUUUACAAUAUUUAACAAUUAUUUUGUGUUUCUCAACCGCCAGAUGGUCAGAUACAUUUGAAAAGAUUGCUAACUAUGUAAACUACAAAAUUUAUUUUGCUUAAACAAAGUAAUUUUGAGAGGGACGCCAAAACGAUUUUAGGUUUUGAACACUUUUCAUCGCAAAUACUCCAAUUGAAAUCAAUUCCUAUCACACAGUAUAACACAGUGUUUUGUGUUUCAGGCUGUUCAGAAAAUCCGAGAAUUUAUCUUGCCAAAAGUUUAUCAAUUUCGAAAACCAAUGACGAAUUACCAGAUUCCACAGAACGCUCUUCUAAAACACAGGUGCGUGACUUGCCUAGGGAUCAAUACAAGCAUUUUAGUCUACUACCCAAUCUCCUACCCAGAGUAUGCCCGUUCGCAGGUUAGGUGCUGGGUGAUGCAUAUCACGUGUGGGUGAUAAGCAUAGAAAUAAUAGAUAUCUUUUAUUUCUAUGGUUGCAACAUGAUAAACAUGGAAAGUUCCAAUAUUUAUUUUUGCCUGGUUAUUCUUCAAUUGAUGUUUUUUGAAGAAAGGGCUUAACUUCAAAUAAAAGAUUCCGAUAUACCGAAGCUAUUUUAUGUUGGAGCCACAUACAUGACCUAAUAGUAUGAUCAUAGUAAUCAAGUAGUGUACAUAUUACUAACAUCAUUACCACAUCAUUUCAACACUACAGUUGCAAAGAACUUUCCUGGUUAUGAAUAUGCAAUCUUCAAAAGUAUUGGGAGGUCAGCCCCCUCCCCCAAACCAGCAUGGAUUUUUUUCUAGCAAGGGGCCAUGAGCCCCCUCCCCUUCCACACGCCUGCACCAAAUGGACGAGCGAGUUUACACAAUCAUUCACAACAAUGCAAUAUGAAGACCAAAUUUUUCUCUUGUAGAUAUUUUAAUGAAUUUUUAAUGGUUCAUCAUCGUCAAGUUGCGCGAGAGAUUAAGGACGAAUAUGUUGACACCAUCAGCAAAGUCUACUUCUCUUACUUCAAGGCUUAUAUCAGUAAGCUGACGAAAUUACAGGUACGUCCAAACAUAGUUAAUAGAGGAGAUGGUUUGGAAACUCGUUAGCAUUACAAUAGAAUCACAAUAAACCUCAUUAUCUAUGUUGUUCAGGCAGUAUGCAAAAAUGUGGUCUUUCAUCGUCACGUCCGUAUUGUAUUUUUCUCAAGUCAACCAAUAGGAAUGUUUAAAAUGUCCUAUUGUCAUGGAUGGGCAAUUGGACAAAACCGUUGCUAUUGGCUGGUUGAGCAAAAAUACAAUACGCACGUGACGAUGAAAGACCACAUUUUUGCAUAAACCUGAACAAAAACAUAGAUAGUGAGGUUUAUUGUAAUGCUAAUGAGUUUCCAAACCAUCUCCUCUAUUAACUAUGGUCCAAACUAUAAGUGGUUAUAUUGAAACCAAUAUUGAAAUACUGCUGUCAAGUAUGGAACCCGCAUAUGGUAUAAAGCAUGUAAAUGGACUGUAAUAGAAACGAUUCAGCGGCGAGCUACAAGAUUAAUAGAGACAAUACCAAAACAAACUCGUUCAAAUAAAUUAUUGUAAAGAAAACUUGUCGUAUAUUAUCAAUCGUAUGAUUUAACACAGCUUGAAGAGUUCAAAACAGAGACUUUUUAUUGAGUAGAGUUCCACAUUAGUACUGGACCAAUAGACCUUUCCCCUUUUGAGUGAAAUUUUGAUCUAGACAAAUCUGGACAAAAAUUUUAUCACAGCUUGAAAGAGCAUCACAAAAUUAGUAAUAUUCCGAAGUUUCGUUGCGAAAUGUUGUAAAAUGCGAAUAAUAUAGCCUUGCGAAGUUUGUCGUUUUUCAGUCAUUUUGUAUUACAAAUGGGAAAUUGAUCAUCAGUUUGAUCAUCUGAUUAUCAAUUUCCGGUUUGUAAUGAAAAAUGACUGAAAAACGGCAAACUUCGCAAGGCUAUAUUAUCCGCAUUUUACAACAUUUCGCAACGGAAUAUUACUAUUUUUGUGAUGCUUUUUCAAGCUGUGAUGAAAUUUUUGUCCAGGCUUGUCUAGAUCAAAAUUUCACUCAUAAGGGGAAAGGUCUAUUUGCUGAGUAUCCACUUCUUACGUGACUAAAAUGCAAACGUAAAAACUCGGUUUACCGGUUGUAAAAAGACCGAGGACGACGUCUAAAUUUCUCGUGAGAUUUUAAUUAUUUAUUCCUUUAAUCCUUUUCUUAAAUAUUUAUUAAUUUUACUGUAUAUAUUACUAUAGUCAUCGUCGUCACGUUGCCGUCCUAGAUCUUAAGGUCGUUAUAGUAUGUGGUCCAGAUCAACCCCACGAGGAAAGUAGCUUAAGAAGCUCAAGUUGUCUUGUACAACUCUAUAAAAUAAUGUUUGGUCUCACGUCUGUGUUACAUUUGAUAGAUCCAAAUAUGCAGAUCGUUUUUUUUUUAAUCAAUAUAUAUCGGACUGGAACUUUUUUUGUGGAAGCCACUUCAUUAGCUACAGUAGAACUAUAAUGUCAUCAAAAACUUUAUUAAACUAAUGUCACCUUCUGUUGCUGUAUCCCCCCCCCCUCCCCCCCCCAACUUGUCUUCAUGUUAGGGGCCAUUCACAAAGGAUGUCCGGCCAAAUGAUGGAUUUUCAGACCCCCCCUCCCCCCUUGUCCGGCAUUGUCCGAAUUAGUGACCCCCCGGACAUCCACCAUGCCUCGCAAAAACUCACACAAUCUUGUAUUUGUCAAGAGUAAAAAACUUUUUUACUUUUAGAACUUUUUUAUAACUAUAAAUGUGAAUACAAAAACAUAUAAAUUACUCAUUAAAACAAAAUCUAGUGUUAACCGCAGAGUCAAAAUGCCAAUUUCACAAUGAGAAGGACUGCUCAAAAUAGAGGGAAAAAGAAAUUUGUUUUUGAAUUUUUUAAAAUUUCGGACAUCCGGAUUGCUAACCCCCCCCCCCCCCCCCCUAUGUCCGAGUUUGUCCUGAUUUUCCAAACCCCCCUCCCCCCCCUUGGCUCGGACAUCCUUUGUGAAUGGCCCCUUAGUAAUUUAUUCUAAGCUAUUAUUAGUAUGUGUGUGUUAUGAUAUGAGGGACAAGGCGAUAUCAGUUUUAUCGCUUGAGGAACUAUAUCAUAAAUGUCCUGACUCUUUUCACAUGAAUGGGCAACGAGGGAUUCGAACCCACGAUUUCAUAGGUGAAAGGCGCUUGCUAUAGCUCUAACGACUAGGCCAACAAACAACCCAAAUCCUUUUCCAACCGAAGACAUCGUACUAUUUUUUGUUCUAUUUUAUAGUACGACGAAGUUCCUGACAAAGACGAUCUUAUGGGAGUCGAAGACAAUGCACGAAAGAAUAUCCUUUUUUAGGACAAAAAUAUCUUGGUGUCUUCAAGGAGUAGCGUUAUUCGUCUGUUGAUGGGCAUAUUGGUGACAUCUUACUGAGCUUAAUCCUGGCUAAAUUAGCCCAGGGUUCGUAGCGGUCUUUGAAAUCCUUGAAAGUCUUUAAAUUUGAAUGCUGGGGCCGGUUGCUCAAAGGUGGGUUAAAGCUAACCCUGGGUUAAAAUUUAACCUGCUGUUUUAGUUUGUGUAUUUCUGCACGUCUGUUUAUUUCAAAACGUGAGAGAAGUAAACUCCUAUGGAUCCAGACAAGAUCUCUGAAGAAAUAGUUCCAAAUUUAUAGACAAGCUGUCAGGAAGUUUGCUUGAAUUUUAGGUUAAUGUAGGGUUAAGCUAACCCAGCUUUGAACAACCGGCCCCUGGUCUUUAAGGCUUUGAAAAGUCUUCGAAUUGUGUGAAAAAGCGAAGAAAGUCUUUAAAUUCUUUAGUGCGUAUUUGAUUAUACGAUUUCCUGGCUAAUAAAAUAGAUUGAUUGAAGCAAGAUUUUCGCAAAUAUCGAUGAAAAGGUGCAUUUUAGGAUGUGACCCAUUAGGAGGUGCAUUUUAGGAUGUGAAGUUACCCCACACAUUGUUAAUUUUAGAAUAACCAGGAAACUUUUAACCUGGGUGUUGUUAGAGUGAAGAAUACUUUAUUUAAUCAAAAUCUUUGUCAGGCGUUUUUCUUAACAGUUUUUACGUCUAUUCUCAUCGCGCGUUGCAUUGCGAAACAGGUCGACAAUAUUCACCUUGGGUAACCGUGGUAACGUGCUGACGUCAGAACUCGAGGAGCCAAUCAUUGUGCCGCACGCUGCUCAGAAGAACGAUCGAAAGGUGGGUUGGAAAUGCAAGCCUAAAAUAACUAUUGCAUGAGCAAACCAGGAAACUACUGAAACAUCUGUCCAGUUUUUUUUCUGGUUUGUCCACCACAGACAUGGAACUAGCCAAAGUAGUUCUCAUUUGUAAUUUUAAUUUGUAAAAGAAAACUUCUCAGGAAAAAGAUUUGUCUGUUUCGGGCAUUCACAUGUUUUUUUUUUGUAUUUAGUAUCCAUCCGAAAGCUUAUUCCGGAGUCAACAUUACGCAUUGCUGGACAAUGGUUGUCGAGAAUAUCUCUUUCUUGUUGAUUUCUUCAAUGUACAAGGCAAUCCUGCUAAAGAAAUUUUUACGUCGGUGUUUGGAAAAACCUUGUCAUUGUUAAUGGUAAGUUUGAUAAGCAAGUUCUGUCAUUAAAUUUUGCUAAGGGGAGUGGCCCAACCCCCUGUUCGUUUGAGCCGGGAUGAUGUCACGACCAUAAAAGACCGUUUGAGUGAACUUUUUACUGUUAAUAGAAUCAAACUAAGCUAAUUCAACUUUGAAAUGUCAUUUUGGAUGUUUAUCAAAGCCGUAAUAAGAGCUUUAUUAAACGAAUCAUCCGGGCCAGCCCAGUUCCAUAUGCAUAAACAGCCCCUAAAUAGGAUAUAAUUUCACUGCUCUAGAAAAUUUUGCAUAGACUAUUUUCUGGGACAAAUUGGUCUGUUCUUUAAAAUCUUUAUGUAAUACACGCUUUUUUAUUCAUACAACACAUGCAUGCUUUAUUUAAAGAGGGGAAAACAAUAUUUACAUAUAUAGUUGCUACUAAGAUAUUCGAGUGAUAUUCUUCGGAAUAAUACCUUAGUAGUAACUAUAUUUCUUCCCUAUGUCCCUCAUAAAUAUACUAUAUAUAACUAUAUACAGUAUGACUGCAUGUAGGAACAAUAUGGGCAGCAAAAUAUUGUUCAGGCCUGUUUUCAACAACAUUGUUACAGGCUAGGCGUUUUUUUCUGUGUACUUUGUGGUUGGGUUGGAGAAAAAAACUCUUGAAGGUUUAUUGUAAAAGAUAAAACCGUUUAAUUUUCAAUGGUUUUUAGAUCUCUAGGUAGGAAUUGAAAAAAAAACUUGCACCAUUAUAGGAUAUCUUAGCUUUGUUGAUGUUGAUUUUAACUAAAGGGAGCCUCAAAUUGGUCUGAGCAAACCUUGCGUUAGCAAUGGACACUUAGACCCGUAAUCUUUCGUGUUUUCUUUGUAGAAAUACUGGGACACAUUUUUACAAUCCUGUUACGACGCCAUUGGUAUAUUUCUGUGUAUGCACAUCAUUCAUCGUUACAGAAUACUCAUGCACAAACGUACUGUUCCUGCUUUGGACAAGUAAGCACUUACUUACUCCCUAUUCCUUAGUUGUAGGUGCAGGGUGAGGGAUUUACUUAAGUUGGGUAACUUCCUUGCAUAAACUUGAAAACUCACCUAAGUGAGUUGUGACUGGUUCAGUGGUUCUCUCCUGUGUUUCAGGGAUUUUCUCACCAAAUUAGUACCCUUUAGCCUCAGGCCUUAAUUUUAUCGAGUGUUAUAUCAUGUGCAUCUGGUUCAAGUGAAUCGGGCAAUCACACUCUGUGUAAUUGUCAAAAAUAACUUAUAAAUUAUUCCUGAACCUGUCCCUAACCCCUACCCUAACCAGUCCUUUCGUUGUACUCUGGUGUCAAAAUAAAAAUGAAACUAUAACUCACUAAGAUGAUAAUUGAACUUACUAAAGGCUCGUUUACACUUGCGAUUUUAGGUGCGAUUUUCUUCUUUUGAUGGAUGUGAACGAGUGGAUGAAUUAUCAAUGUUCAGAUGAAGGUACAUGUACUCAGAACAUUCGUAACUCCUGUACUCGUUCACAUCCAUCAGAAGGAGAAAAUCGCACUAGAAAUCGCAGCAAAAAAAUCACACUUGCAAUUUUUGCUGCGAUUUCUAGUGCGAUUUUCUCCUUCUGAUGGAUGUGAACGAAUAGAUGAGUAAUGAAUGUUGUGAGUCUUCAUGCGAACUUUCAUGACUCAUCUACUCGAUCACAUCCAUCAGAAGAGGAAAUUCGCACCUUAAAGCGCAGCAAAAUUGGCAAGUGUAAACAGGAGUAAAAUGUGAAGCUUAUACGAUACAAACAAACAGGGCCGCCCAGAGGUUGGCGGGGGCCCGGGGCAAAUUUUUUUUAGGGACCCCUAUCUAAAAAAUUUUCCCGGAAAAAAUUUUUCCGGAUAACAACCCCCCCCCCCGUCGCCAAAAAAUUUUCGGUCAGCGUACCAUUUUAGGGGUAAAAAAAAUUUUUCCGGAGUACAAAAUUUUGCCGGACGAGUACGUUGCAAAUGCUUUCGAGGGACUUUAUCUCAUUUUUUUAUGCCAAAAUUCGGUACUGAGCCCAAGAAAACAGAUAUCUUGUCCUUUGCGCGGAAAUAUUUAACAAAAAAGGCUGGGGCCCUACAAAAAUUUUUCUGGGGCCCCCAGCAACUCGGGGCCCGGGGCAAUUUGCCCCCUUUGCCCCCCCCCCCCCCUGGGCGGCCCUGCAAACAAAACAAGGCCACUGCAUGAUAACUGUACGUUUUCCUUCACAGAUACUUGGAUACCUUACUAGAUAUGCUUUGGCCUCGGUUCACUUUCGUCAUUCAACAGAAUAUUGAGAGCAUUAGAUUGAUCGACCCACAGAAAAUGGGAACUAUUGAUGUCCAACCUCAUUAUGUAAGUUUAAGACUGCCUUUCAUUCGGUCGUGAAUAUGUCAAGGUGGUCAGUUCAGACGAAUGUCAAUAUAUCUCUACAUUCAGUAAAGAUUGGUUUGCACACCAGGGGUGGAAAAAAUAUUUUACCUUCUGGUAAAUCGACACUCGGACAGUGUAACUGUGUGACACUAACAAGUUGUCAAACUGGAUGUCAUGCUAUAUUUUAACAUAAAAUUUAUUUCAGUGCACUGAGAAUCAUAAUAAUACUUUUUGGAAUAUAACAUAAAACUAAUUUAGAUAACAUGCAUCAAGUGUCUGAUCUGUUCCCAGUGUUGUAACGAGUCGAGUCAUUGACUCUGACUCGAGUCAACUCGAGUCGCUAUUUUCAGCGACUCGACUCGAGUCCAAUACGAAAAAUGACUCGACUCGACUCGAGUCAACAGCCCCAAAUGACUCGACUCGGACUCGACUUGCUGAUUUUGCCUUAAAUGACUCGAGUCAACUAAGCUACAACUUGUACAGAAUAAAUUCAUCACAAUUAUUGUGAUUGUAUUGCUUGGGAAGAACAAUGAGCCCUGUAAACAAUGAGAACUUUGAAACUUUAUCAGAAAAUAUAUGGGAUUUGCAUAGAAUAUAUUCCUGACGGGCAUACCUAUAUUACAUUUCUGUUUUUAGAAACAACGCUAGUGCCACAGUUUUUAAAAUUGAGUCUCAAAUUUUUUUGUACUUAUAUACUAAUUCUGACAGGCUAUUUUCAUUUUUGGUAUUUAUAAAGGGCUAUAUAAUUUCAAAUUAACUUACAAAGCGUUAAUUAAAGUCUAUUCUUUGUUAAUUCUGACUCCAGUUGCAAGUUUUGCUAGUUGUAUGUACGUACACUCGAUCAGCAGGCAUGAUGAGACAUCUCAUGUGGUUCUACUUAAUACUGACUAGAACUGUGAUAUUGGCACAGCUUAUAGCUGCCCAGAUACUGUUAUUAAAUGACUAAAGUAAUUACUUUCAUUACUAAUUUGAUUACUAAUUUCCGACUGCAAGCUAGGGUAGCUCAAGUCAAGUCUAGAAAUUGACUCGACUCGACUUAAAUCAGUGACUCGACUUGACUCGAGUGAAGCUGCUGACUCGACUCGAGUGAAGCCACUGACUCGACUCGACUCGAUCAAAAACUGAAAUGACUCGACUCGACUCGUGACUCGACCUUUGAGUGACUCGACUCGACUCGACUCGUGACUCGACCAGUAGGUGACUCGUUACAACACUGUCUGUUUCUAAGGUAAAUACAGAUACCAAGAAAGGGCACCACCAGGAGGCACUAUCAGGACGAUCCAUGCUCCCCCAGAAAAUGUUGAAAAUCAGGUGUCCCAGAUUUGCUAAAAAUGCAUUUUCCAUACAACACUUGUUACAUCAUUCUAUUAUAGUCUAUACAUUUAUACACUAUCGCACUAUUAAGAUGGAUGCACUUAUAAAUGCAUUUCUGAAGUCAUACCUACAGUACAGGUAACAUUCUUUCUAUUGGUUAGAAUUUUUCCUCUGAAUUUCUCCUUUUAUCUAAAUUAUUACAAUUAUCUUCUUUUUCAUUCUUUGGAAAAUAUUUUUUUAGAAUUCAAAGAGAAUUCUGCGAGCUAUGAUCCCGCGUAGUCCGAUACUUUUUUCCUCCCCUGUUGCACACAAACACAAGCUGGAUCCAAAUUAUUUCACCUGAGCAUAUAUAAGAUUAGCGAUCGCGUCUUUGUAAAGGUGGUAACCACCACUCACCAGUUGCGAUCGAGUGGUGACUAGAUUUUUCUUUCUUUUGCAGAUAACCAGAAGAUAUGCGGAAUUUUCUGCUGCUAUUGUUAGUUUGAAUGAAAGUUUUCCGGAUGAGAAGGUGCGUAUAAUGUACAACAUACUAUCUGCUUGCCUAAGGCAUACACUUCCCACGGAAAUGGGAGGGAGCGAUAGAGCAAAAUGUCGCAGCUCGCUGCGAGCCUUGUGUCUCUAAAGGCUAGUUUACACUAUCAAAGUUUAUGCAUGAUCACAGUACAAGCCUGAAAAUAAGAGGCCAGUCACGGCAGCAUAUUAAUACAACUAUUAAGGUCCAGACACACCGGACGCGAUUCGACAACGCGACGCGAUUUUUCGAUUCUCACUGACCGAUAACUUUGAUCCUAGUUUAAACUUUCUAAAUAUUUAGAAGCGUUAUUUGGUCUACAUAUUGGCUGUUUUAUUAACUUUCAAAAACUAAAAAAUCGCGUCGCGUUGUCGAAUCGCGUCCGGUGUGUCUGGACCUUUAAGGCCCAUACAGACCGAACGCGACGCAAAUUUUUAGUUUUUAAAAAAUAGUUUUUAAAUGUCAUUGAAAAUUGAAAAUUCGCGUCGCGUUGCCAAAUCGCGUCCGGUCUGUAUGGACCUUUAGCCAUUUCCCAAAGUCCUGGGUCUUAGUCGCGCGAAUCCCUUGUUGGAGGAACAAGAAAUAUGGCAGCACACAUUUAAAUUAAAAGUUUAAUGUAAAAAGGAGAUAUUUCAUUUUUGGUCGUUCAAGAAGUUGAUAUUUGAUAGUAGAUACUUCUACUCUUUCACACACUCGACGCCUGUCAUCAUAUUUUGUCCCUCCAAACGAUCCCAGAAUGCACUGUGAUCUCUUUUGGGAAAAGGCUAAUUGGUGAAACUGUCUACAGCUGGCAUUAAAAAUUUCAUAAUAAUGAUUUCAAAAUAUUUGCAUUCCCAUUUAAGAAUUAUGUGUAUGUUCAAAUUUUAUCGCGUGAAAAUGCCGUGAAAUUUAUGAUUGUUCAAUUCCGUAUGAUAUAAUGGACCUUUCCCCUUAUAACUAAAAUUUUGAUCUAGACAAAAAUUUCACCACAGCUUGAAAGAGCAUCACAAAAUUAGUAAUAUUCCAAAGUUUUGUUGCAAAAUCUUGUAAAAUGCGGAUAAUAUAGCCUUGCGAAGUUUGCCGUUUUUCAGUCAUUUUGUAUUACAAACAGGAAAUUGACAUCCGAUUCGGGUGUUGGGGCUGCAAUUUCCCGUUUGUAAUGCAAAAUGACUGAAAAUUGCAAACUUCGCAAGGCUCUAUUUUCCUCAUUUUACAACAUUUCGCAACGAAACUUUGGAAUAUUACUAAUUUUGUGAUGCUCUUUCAAGCUGUGAUGAAAUAUUUGUCUAGACUUGCCUAGAUCAAAAUUUUGGUUAUAAGGGGAAAGGUCUAUUGACUAGCGGCUUAAUUGUGGUUACUAAGCUUUUCACUGGCUUCUUUUAUUUCAAGGACCACGAAAAACUAUAUUUGCGCUAUUGCGUUAGUAGUUUUUGACAGGCACAAAAUGUCCAGUGUCAGGCACCAAUCAGUUGGUACCUGUCAGGCAAAUUAAUAUCAGCACAAUGUAUUAAUUCUAAACUAAAUGUUGUGAAGAUAUUAAAUAAUUUGUGUCAUUCAUACUUAUUUCCAAGCCAAUGCAAAAUUAACUUGCUUGUCAAUAACCGUGUCAAUAUCACUUUUUAUACAUUACUGUCAUUCUCCAUUUAACAUACGAGCCUCUAGUCUUGGACUAUAGGGUACAUUUUGAUUUACGUCGGACAAAGCUACAGUUCGGUCGGGCACCAAUACACUGGGAUCGGACAAACAAUAAACCUCAGUUUAACUUAGGUCGGAGAGAAUGUCCAGUGGUUUCCUCUCUACGUCGGACAAUUUCACGAAUUGGUCGGACAAUGUCCGUGACCGACCGACAUUUUAAGGCCUGAAAUCCUUCACAACUUACAAAUCCUUCAAAACCCUCGUGCAUUACAGGUAAACAAGCUGCUGGCAAUGUUGCAAGAGGAACUUCAAAAGUUUGCGCUAAGGAUGGCGGCGGAAUUUCCGAAUCGUAAAGAGCAAUUGAUAUUUCUCAUCAAUAACUAUGAUAUGAUGCUUGCUGUGUUGAAGGUAAGGUGUUUUAGAGAAAGUCAAUUUGCAGUAUAUUAUGUCUAAAUACCGUAAACCUCCAAAUAUAAACCCUGGGAUAAUAUUCGUCCGCAAGCAUUUUUUGAUUGGCUUAUAUAUCGGGGGGGAUGAUGGAUCUUACUACACCUCCAGGAAGAGCAGUUUAGAACUGAUAGAAUUGUCCAGUAUAAGUAGUAUAAAGUUAGUUUAUUCUUUGGUUGUUCAAAGACAACAAUAUUUGAUAAAUUUCCUACUCUGCUGUCAGGAACGUACAUCAGAAGACUCGCAGGAAACCGAAAGUUUUCAACAGUUGUUGAGUGCCAGGAUUCAAGAGUUUGUUGAGGAGGUAUAUUUCACGUAAAGUAGUUUAAUUAGAACAUGCGUCAGGUUGUGGGGUGGGGUAAGAAGCUGUUUUACACGAUACCGAUUUGCUGGGACGAGAUUAAAGGCGAGAUGAUUUUGAUGUAUUGAAAUAAAUAAAUUACUAUAGGCUUAAACGAAAGUUUAAAUGCUGGUUAAAAGAACUCAAAUGUUGUCGAAUGUCUCAAAUGUUAAACUCAAAUGUUAUCAGGGCUCACAUUGGUACCAGUUGUUCUGAACUGACGUUACUAUACCCUGGUGGAAUAAAGUUGAUUUGAUUUGAGAUUUUGAGCUCGUGGAAGAUCUGCUUAAUGAACAACGUUCUGGCUACGGCACUGAUUUUGACUUCCACUACCGUUACCAUUAACUAAUCAAAUGCAUUUAAUCUACCUGAUUAGCCAAUCAAAUGCAUUUAAUCUACCUGAUUAGCCAAUCAAAUGCAUUUAAUCUACCUGAUUAGCCAAUCAAAUGCAUUUAAUCUACCUGAUUAACCAAUCAAAUGCAUUUAAUCUACCUGAUUAGCCAAUCAAAUGCAUUUAAUCUACCUGAUUAACCAAUCAAAUGCAUUUAAUCUACCUGAUUAGCCAAUCAAAUGCAUUUAAUCUACCUGAUUAGCCAAUCAAAUGCAUUUAAUCUACCUGAUUAACCAAUCAAAUGCAUUUAAUCUACCUGAUUAGCCAAUCAAAUGCGUAUUAAGCCUUUGAGAGGUAACGGUAGUAGAAGUCAAAUCUGAACCUGUAUUAGUGAGUUUGGGAGGUUAGAACAGCAUGCAUGGUUAGAACCUGCGAUCUUAGAAAUAAUAAUAAUAAUAAUAAACUUUAUUUAAAGAAGGUGCAAUUAUACAAAAACCAGUUUAGCAACACUAAUCUUACACUAGGCCUUCUGUUCAACUGUUAUCGUCUAAGUUCUUUGUAUGUUUGCAUGGCGAUAAAAUAUAAUAGUUUUGUUUGUGAAAACACCACGUAAAUUUAGUACUGCAGUAAUAAAUUUACGUGGUGUUUCCACAAACAAAACUAUUAUGUUAUCGUCUACUUAUUACAAAUUUACUAUUAAAACUACACAUUAUAGAUUGGACAUCAGUACAACAAGCACAUAUAAAAGUCGUACAAACAAAUAACUUAUAUAUAAGUAUCUAAAAAGUACUGAUAGGCUCUUAUUUUAAAGGAGCUUAAUGACGUUGAUUGUCUGGUCGCACGUGGUAAACUGUUAUAUAAUGUUGCACCACUGACUUUCAACGUUUUCUGCCUAAUUGUUAGUUUCGUUCGCGGUAUCCACAGUUCGUUGUUCUCUGAGCUUUUUGUAAUUCGUUUUGUCACUGAUGACUUUAAGACAAACAAGUCACUUAUGUACUUGGGUACCCAGUUGUUUAAUGAUUUAUUAUAUACCAUUAUUGCUGUUCGUAGCAUUACUCUUUGCUGUGUAGGCAGGACUCCAGCAGCUUUAAAUAGUGGCUUUAAGUGAAAGGCACUUCUCUGACGACUGCCCCAGCCAAGUCCUAUUUCCCAAACUCACUUACAUUCUAGCUGGAUGUAGGGCUGGGGGAUUCUCAGCUCCUCCUCGACCUUUUCGUUCUAUAUUUUGUGUGUAAUUUAUUCCAAAUGUUUAGAUUCUGUCUCCUGGGUUUGGAGGAAUGAUCGCAUUUGUUAAAGACGUUGAACCUCAGUUGGAGAGGAAUCAGAACCAGUACGUUCAAGCUGAUGAACGUCGCGUUGGUCAGAUUGUUCGUGGUUUUGCCACAGACUGGAAACGGGGAAUUGAGAGUAUUAAUCAUGAUAUUAUGAGAUCAUUUUCAAAUCUGAAAAAUGGAACAGCGAUAUUACAGGUAUAACAAACGUGAGGUCUUGCUGCGAUAAGCUGCCGUGGUUUGUGUUUGAACUAUGCCUGAAAAAGAUAUCUUGAACGUGGUGCUCCAGUGUAGGUCUUAUUCUACAAUAAGCUGCCGCGGUUUGUCUCUGAACUAUCCAAGGGUGGGUUGACUACAAAGUUUUUGUAGUUCGCUAUAACUGCAGCUACUUCAAAAAUAUGUAGUCAGCUACAACUAUUACUACUUUUGAACAAAGGUAGUUCGCUACUGACUACAGGCUACUGCUUAAAAUAUGUAGCGAACUAUUUCGCUAUUUCGCUACGCUAUAUAUUUUAGUUUUACUGUAUUUGGAGCAUCUACUAACUCAGCCUGAAAUGUAACCUAUAACAAAUCCACUUACGAGUGGCAACAGUAAACACAAAGCAACAUUUUUGUAAGCACUACAGUGUUCAAGAGUGAAAAUUGAGUAUUGAUUUUAAACAAACCGUAUCUCAAUAUCAUGCUAUUCUAUCAAGUUGCUAAUAGCGAUUCGCUGUUUGAAAAGUAGUCAACUACUUCGCUACUAUACGCAAAAUGUAGUUCGCUAUAACUACAGCUAAUAGCGAGGUUUAGCAAAGACAACGCGACGUCAAAGACGACGCGAAAAUGGCGUAAAAAUGACGUGAUAUGCCCAUCUAUGGAUGUGCCCACGUCAUUUUUACGCCAUUUUCACGUCGUCUUUGACGUCGCGUCGUCUUUGCUAAACCUCGCUAAUGUUUUAAAAAAGUAGCCAGAAACUACGAGUAGCCAUACUUGAAAAUUGUAGUUCGCUACAGUAGCGAACUACAACUACUUCGCUACUACCCAACCUUGGAACUAUCUGAAAAAGAUAUCUCGAACAUCGGGAUUCAGUGUAGGUAGUAUUCAACAAUAAGCUGCCCUGGUAUAUGUUUGAACUGUCUGAAAAAGAUAUCUCAAACGUGGAGGUCCAUUGUAGGCAGUAUUCUACAAUAAGCUGCCGUAGUUUGUGUCUGAGCUACCUGAAAAAGAUAUUUCAAACGUGCUGGUCCAGCGUAGGUAGUAUUCAUAGAUAUCUUAUAUACACUAGAUAGCGCAUCUCUUUUAGUAAAAUUGAAGCCAAGAAUAUUCUAGCGGUUACUCCAUUUGAAUAGAUGGCGGCCAUGUUGGUAGUUCCCACUCGCUAAUAAACGCUUAAAAAACAACAAUAACUUUCAUCAUUUGAACAGUUUAAAAAUGUAUUUGGAAUAGAUUUAACUUAAUGUUUAAGUUCCCUGUUUAAAAAGAGAAAACAUACGAAUCUUCGCAUUUCAUGGGAAUAUCCUGAGUCUGCAAUCACGGCUUCAAUUUUUGAAUUGCAGAAUAGUUAGAUGCACUAUCUAGUGUAUAUAAGAUAUCUAUGGUAGUAUUCUUAUAAUAAGCUUCACUGAUUUUCAGCUGUUAAAACCAGUUGCCAUCUAAUUCACUGUCUGAUAUGUAUAGUUCUCUCUGUUAUAGUAAGCAUAGAAUGGAACAAGGGUGUUUGUCAAUUAUAUCUCCUUGAAAAUGAUAGCCUUUCCUUAUUAAUUUGUGUCUCUUCUCACUCACACAGGCGGCACUGACUCAACUUAUUCAAUAUUAUCAUCGCUUUCAAAAAGUCCUGUCACAACCACCAUUCAAGAAAUUAGCCGUCCGAAGUGAACUCAUUAAUAUUCAUCAUGUCAUGGUUGAAGUCAAGAAACACAAGACUACAUUUUGAGGUACCAAAUAUGUUGUAUUUAAUUUGCUGGCACAUCAUACUUGAUGUGCCAGUAGUACACGACGACAACCAAUCCGCAAUAAAACCUCCCCCCGGAAUUUUGGAAUAAUUUACUCAUCAUCCCCAAAGAGACAAUUUAUGAUGUUUGUGUGCGAUGAAAAUCAACAGGGUGAACUUUAAAGCCGCAAGCUAAACACUGCAAUAGCAAGACAUGUUAAUUCUAGAACUCGACAAAUCUUUAAAAAUUGGACCAUCUGUGUUUAAUUCAAUGUCGAUUCAUUAUCCAAAAAGCAGCUUCAGAAGCUGAAAUUGUACAGAAUUAUAUAAAAUUACAAGAGUAUGAUCGAUACUAUAUUUACAUCUAAUAUUUUUAUAAAGCAACAAUUUGUAUAACCUAAUGUUCUUGUACAAUUUUGUCUGCGUCUACCAUAUCUAAGUAUUUUGCAUUGUAGCUACCAGUCGUUCGUACGGGUAGCGGUUCUAGAAUUCAAAAAGGGUGUAUAUAAGAAAUAAAUUAAUGGUCUGGAAUGUUGAAUGUAGGUAGAGAAACGCCGCUUGAGAAACGUAUCAAACAUUAAAAUAUUUGAAUAUAGUCAUAAACAAGUGGAAAAGUAUAUUCAUUAGUUUUGAGCUCGUGUUACGUAACAUAUACAAACGAUUCUCCUCUUAAGUACUAGAUAAAACAUUCGCAUCCGAUCUUUAUCUGUUAUAGAAACUCUGGCCGAUAAAACGAC